ACCGCGUAGGAGUGGGCCAUGCUGAGGGAUGGGAGUAGUGAAUAGGGGCAGGGCCAUCGUCGCGGCGGCUGGCUUUGGCCGCGAGGCAUCCGUCAGGUUCCUUUUGAAGCAGGAGCGGGCUACGACUCGGAUCGAUUUCGCCAACACCCGUGACGAGGCUGGCCGCACCUUAUUCUAUCGUUCCGCUUGGGGCGCGUAUCCGAGGAUCGGUCGAUGGCUUGUUGAUGCCGGAGCGGACGAGACGCUGACGUACGUGGUACAGCCUUUUCUGCGUUAUGAUAACAUGCGUUUUGAGGACACAGCCCCGAAACUCGUCCUCCGGAGCCUCAAUGCUCAGCCAUACCGCUUCGAGCCCGCCACGGACGACCAAAUGCUCCGGCUGCAAGCAUCCCGCCACUUGCUUUUACAGAUGGACGCAGUUCGUGCGAUCUCUUGGCCCUGGCCUAUCCCUGUCCCCUCAAAACCCCAGGGUGUGAGCGGUGGGACCGUGGCAACAUCAAAACCUGUGAAGUAA